GUUUAGGAUGCAAAUAUAUUUAUCAAAAGAAUGGUGAUCCUUUGGACAUAUGUGAACUCCUGGAGAGUUUCAAAAAGGAUGCAAGAAGCUUUAAGUUGAGGGCUGGAAAACAUCAGCUUGAAGAUGUGACCGGUGUGUUGAAGAGUUUUCUCUCUGACAUUGACGACGCACUUCUCACUAAGGAGCUCUAUCCAUAUUGGAUCUCCGCUUUAGAUACACAAGAUGACAAGGAAAGAAUUAAAAAGUAUGGAGCAUUUAUACGUUCUCUUCCAGGGGUCAACCGAGCAACAUUGGCAGCUAUAAUUGAACACCUUUACAGGGUUCAGAAAUGCUCAGAGAUCAAUCACAUGAACGCCCAUAAUUUGGCCUUGGUCUUUUCAUCCUGUUUGUUUCAAACGAAGGGACAAACUAGUGAAGAAGUGAAUGUAAUUGAGGACCUAAUCAAUAAUUUUGUAGAAAUAUUUGAGGUUAAAGAAGACCAAGUCAAACAAAUGGACAUAGAAAAUAGUUUUAUUACCAAGUGGAAAGACACUCAAGUUUCCCAGGCUGGAGAUUUGUUGAUUGAAGUAUAUGUGGAAAAGAAGGAACCUGACUGUAGUAUUAUAAUUCGGAUAUCUCCUGUGAUGGAAGCAGAAGAAUUAACUAAUGAUAUAUUAGCAAUAAAAAAUAUCAUUCCUACAAAAGGUGAUAUUUGGGCCACAUUUGAAGUCAUUGAAAAUGAAGAGCUAGAGCGCCCUCUUCACUACACGGAAAACGUGCUGGAGCAGGUACUUCGGUGGAGUUCAUUAGCUGAACCUGGUUCUGCUUAUCUUGUGGUGAAGAGAUUCUUAACCAUUGACAUAAUUAAACAGUACAGUGAGAAGAGUGCACUGGGAAGUAUCAAAGAAGGAAUCUUGAAAAUCAAAGAAGAACCAUCCAAAAUACUGUCUGGAAAUAAGUUUCAAGAUCGAUAUUUUGUUUUACGAGAUGGCUUUCUUUUUCUUUACAAGGAUAUGAAGAGCGGUAAACAUGACAAAAUGUUUUCUCUCAGUUCAAUGAAGUUUUAUCUUGGAGUAAAAAAGAAAAUGAAGCCCCCAACAAGUUGGGGAUUGACCGCAUAUUCUGAAAAACACCACUGGCACUUGUGUUGUGAUAGUUCACAAACUCAAAUGGAGUGGAUGGCCAGCGUCUUUAUAGCUCAACAUGAAAACGAUAUAUGGCCACCAGCUGGAAAGGAACGAAAACGUUCAAUAACAAAAAAUCCCAAAAUUGGAGGUUUGCCUCUAAUUCCCAUCCAGCAUGAAAAGAAUGCAACCCAAGCCCAGAGGAAUAUUGAGAGUGCAAGAGCAGAACUCGAAAGGCUGAGGCUUAGUGAAAAGCAUAAUAAAGAGUCUGUGGACUCCAGCUUGAAGGAGAAGGCCUCCAUCGUGGCUCACUGCCUGGAACACAAGGAUGAUAAACUUCGUAAUCGAACCCGGAAACAUCGGAGUUUCAACUGCCUGGAGGACACAGAUGCUAUGACCUCACAGGUGCAACAAAAAGGCUCCAAAGUCCUAAAGCCAUUGAGGAAGGCUGAGGACAGGCAUAGCAAAGCUACUUUGGACUCUGAUCAUAAGUUACCAUCGAAGGUAAUUGAAGAACUUAGUGUGGUUCUACAACGAUCAAGAACCCUUACAAGAGAGUUACAGGAUGAACAGAUUUUGAAGAAAGAAAUAAAAUGAUUUCCCAAUUUAUUUUUUUAAUAUUAUAUGCAGUGUUUGUAUGUAAACCAGAAACCAAACUAUAAAAUAAUUUAUGAGAAUUUACCUAUUUCUAGGCAAAUUUGUCUGUGUGUACUUAAGAAAUGUAUCUAUCUAUACUUAAGCAUUUAAAGAACAUUUUAAAAUAUGUAUAUAUGUGAUUAAGUGUAAGAUUAACUUUAUUUUGGUCUGAACAAAGCUUGUAAAGUUUAAUUGUAUUAACCUUGUGUAAGAAGACAUUGGGUUACUUAAAGUAGUCUUUUAAAGUAGUUGUUUGUUAAGUGGUAUAAUUUAUGAGCAGAAAUCUCAAACUGUACUGUAUUGUAUAAAGUGUUGUGUUUAGAUGAAGCCUAUGAAACUAUCUGUAACAUAUUUUGCACUUUGAGAAACCUUGUAUAUUAAAUUACUAUAUGUCUUUAGGUUUACAUAAGACCCACCAUGGGGAAAAGGAAGGGAAAUGAUUAAAAAGCAGGAGGAUUUAUUUUAAUGGCUGCCUAACAAACAACACUGGGUUUUAAAAAAGAGGCAAGGAGCUAGCAAAUGUUCUGUGACAAAAGGAAGUAAGCUAAGAUUCAUUCCAGUUCACUAAUGACCAGAAUUUGUAAUUGAAAAAAGUCCAAUGUCAAAGUAUUUCCCAAGAGGAAUAUUCAGCCAACAGACAUGAAUAAUGGCAUGAACCACUCUUAUUUAUGGUGUCAGAGAAUCAGCCACAGUAUAGAUUCACUACACUUGAGCUCGUUGUCAGUGGCUGCUAAGAGGAAAUUUACACUGCAUCGGGGAGGUUGUAUCUGUGGGAUCUGACUUGGAUGCCAUUUGCACUGUCGCUAUAUGCAAGCAAUGUUUUAGACCUCCUAACUAUGCUUUUGGUACGAACAAAAUUCAUCAUCACAGGGUCUUGUUGCUCUUGUUGUUGUGUUGUUUGAGGUUUUAAAAUCUUUUUGUGUGUGUUUCUUAUUGUGAGGUUGUAAUGCCUUUCUCUGAAUUGUGAGGAUUAACUGGAAGCACACAACCUACGACCUUUUUGAGUGGUAGAGGGGUGGUAUAUGGUGUACCUGUGCGACACAUUUGGGGACUAUCUGUUCUAGUCUUUUUUUUUUUAACAAAGAAAUGGUGGUUUUCUCCUUGUGCCUAUGAAUAAUGACAAAAACCCUCUAUUUUUUAUUUCCACAUAAAUAUCGGUUACUGAAUUGGCAAUUUUCCUAAGACAGACAAUGAUAUCUAAUUAUAGUUCAUGUUAGGGGCAACAGUUUCUUUCAGAUUGUAUUAGGUUUGGCGAACUUUGAUAUUAAAAUUAUUUUGUGUAACUAAGUUUUAUUCCUAGUAUUUUUCCCCUAUUUUAGGUUUUUUUUCUUGUCAGAAUGUGUCUAUAAUACAAAGGCCCAUACUUUAGUCCAGUCAUAAUACAGGAAUGUAUUGUUAAGUGCUAUGAAGUCCUUCAUUGUAAAAUACUGACCACUUGUAUUGGGUGGUGGUUAAAUAGUUCACCACGAGUGUGUGAUAUUUAUUCUUUAAAUCCAAAUAGAAUUUUAAGAAACUACAAAACUGCAGGCCAGUUUAUGAACUAGGUGGCACUAUUACGGAGCCGUUCUUUAAAGCAAGAAAUCAUCUUAUUUAGAAAGAAAAGCUAAUCUUAAACAUGCUAUUAUUUCUAAUUAAUGAUAUUUUUAUGAAAUAAAAAGGUAUAUAGAAAUUAAUAUGUUUGACCUUGUUGGACAGUGGGUGAGCAUCUGGGAUUUUUACCUGCCUUAUCUGAAUUUUUCUUAAAACUUGAGCUUAAAGCCUAAUAGCUUCUUUGCCCUUCCUUUCCCAAACAAUUGUCUCCAUUUUUCAAGUGUAAGAUAAGGGCUAAUGAUGACAUCUCAUAUAUUUUGAGUAAAAAUUAAAAUUGUUUUGCAAGUCUACUUGAAUGCAA